UUCUCCUCCUCACCGGUUUUCUCUCCGGUUUCUCUCUGGUCCAGUCAUGUAGUCUUCAGAACUCCGUCCUCCGGUUUUUUUCUCUCCACUUUUCUCAAACUCUCCGCUUUUUUUGCGCUUUUUUUCCCCGCCGCUGCAGGACUUCUGGACUCCUCCGGUUCCGCCGUUAAUCCGGUCACCGGCCGCCGUCGUGACUCCUGACUGUUUCCUGGCAGAGUUGGACGCCGGUUAACGGCUCUGAUGAGCGCGCCUCCGCUGAUCCGUGCGCCCAGUCCGCUGCCCUUCUCACCGGGGACCGGCAGCUCCGGCACCGGAGGAGGCACCGGAGGAGGAGGAGGAGGCGGAGGCGGUGUGAUCUCCUUCCACAUCCAGAUCGGUCUGAGCCGGGAGCCGGUGCUGCUGGACGCCGCGGAGCUCAGCCUGAGCCAGGUCCGGGAGGUGGCGUGCUCCAUCGUGGACCAGAAGCUUCCAGAGUGUGGUUUCUACGGGAUGUACGAGAAGAUCCUGCUGUUCCGUCAUGACCAGACGUCUGAGAACGUUCUGCAGCUGCUGCGAUCUGCUUCUCAGAUCCAGGAAGGAGAUCUGGUGGAGGCCGUGCUGUCAGCUUCGGCCACAGUGGAGGACUUCCAGAUCCGUCCCCACUGCCUGUUCGUCCACUCGUACCGAGCUCCAGCCUUCUGCGACCACUGUGGGGAGAUGCUGUGGGGACUUGUGAGGCAGGGACUCAAAUGUGAAGGUUGUGGUCUGAAUUAUCACAAGCGCUGUGCCUUUAAGAUCCCAAACAACUGCAGUGGCGUGAGGCGGCGCCGUCCGUCCAACGUUUCCCUGACUGGCGGCAUCAUCAACAUGGGUCGACCGCUAUCUGCCGAGCCUUCGCCUCCACACUACACCGAUGAUGCUUUACUGUCUCCAGUCAGUCCCAGUAUGGAGCAGAAGAACCAGCUGGACUACUUCCCUGGCAGAGAGCGGCGUUCCAGCUCCCAGUCGUACGUCGGCCGUCCAAUCGAGCUGGACAAGAUCUUACUGUCGAAGGUCAAAGUUCCUCACACCUUCCUGAUCCACUCAUAUACCCGGCCGACCGUCUGCCAGCACUGCAAGAAGCUGCUGAAAGGCCUCUUCAGGCAAGGACUGCAGUGUAAAGAUUGUAAGUUUAACUGUCAUAAACGAUGUGCUCCAAAAGUGCCAAACAACUGCCUGGGAGAAGUUUCCAAAAACGGAGAGCUGCUGAGCCCGGGGGCGGAGUCAGACAUCGUCAUGGUGGAGGGUUGCCUCGACGACCACGAUGUUGACAGAGGCGGCGGCCUGUUGGACGACAUGGACGAGGCUCUGACAUCAGAGGGGGGUCUGCUGCUGGAGGUGGGGCCAAGCGACCUCUGCGACCUGCACGACCCCGACCUAGACGAGUCCAACCGGGCCAUCAGUCCAUCCACCAGUAACAACAUCCCGCUGAUGAGAGUGGUUCAGUCCAUCAAACACACCAAGAGGAAGAGCAGCAAUGUGAUGAAGGAGGGCUGGAUGGUCCACUACACCAGCAAGGACACUCUGAGGAAAAGACAUUACUGGCGGCUGGACAGUAAAUGCAUCACGUUGUUCCAGAAUGAUACAAGCAGUAAAUACUACAAGGAGAUUCCUCUAUCAGAGAUCUUAUCUCUAGAACCUGCUCAGACCUUCUCUCUGCUGCCUGAUGGAGCCAAUCCUCACUGCUUCGAGAUCGCCACGGCAACGCUGGUUUAUUAUGUUGGAGAGAAUCUGCAGAGAACCGACUCCUCGGUGACAGGCAGCAGCAUCCUGGUCAGUGGUGUGGGUCAGGAUGUGGCUCGGAUGUGGGAGAUGGCGAUCCAACACGCUCUGAUGCCGGCUGUUUCCACUGGAAUCUGUCACAGUUCCCAUCGCAGUGGACAUAAGGAGGUCUCCAUCAGUAUUUCUGUCUCCAACUGCCAGAUCCAGGAGAACGUGGACAUCAACUCGGUGUAUCAGAUCUUCCCAGACGAGGUUCUCGGAUCGGGACAGUUUGGUAUCGUGUACGGAGGGAAACACAGGAAGUCCGGCAGAGACGUUGCAAUAAAGAUCAUCGACAAACUGAGAUUCCCCACAAAACAGGAGAGUCAGCUACGCAACGAGGUGGCAAUCCUGCAGAGUCUCCACCAUCCAGGGGUGGUGAACCUGGACUGCAUGUUUGAGACUCCAGAGCGAGUGUUUGUGGUGAUGGAGAAGCUCCAUGGAGACAUGUUGGAGAUGAUUCUGUCCAGUGAGAAGGGCCGACUGCCGGAGAGGAUCACCAAGUUCCUGGUCACACAGAUCCUGGUGGCUUUACGUCAUCUGCACUUCAAGAACAUCGUCCACUGUGAUCUGAAACCUGAGAACGUCCUGCUGGCGUCCGCCGACUCUUUUCCACAGGUGAAGCUGUGCGACUUCGGAUUCGCUCGUAUCAUCGGUGAGAAGUCGUUCCGGCGUUCAGUGGUCGGUACUCCGGCGUAUCUCGCUCCAGAAGUCCUGAGGAACAAAGGGUAUAACCGAUCUCUGGACAUGUGGUCGGUCGGAGUCAUCAUCUACGUCAGUCUCAGUGGGACGUUUCCUUUCAAUGAAGAUGAAGACAUCAACGAUCAGAUCCAGAACGCCGCCUUCAUGUAUCCUCCUCACCCCUGGAAGAAGGUCUCACAGGAAGCCAUCGACCUGAUCAACAACCUGCUGCAGGUGAAGAUGAGGAAGCGCUACAGCGUGGAUAAGACUCUCAGCCACCCCUGGCUUCAGGUAGGAGACCCGCUAGAACCCGGAGAACCUGGAGGAACCAGACCACCGGCUCACUUUAAAGCUGCUUCAUCAAUAUUUUCACUUCCAGUCUGGAUCAAGUGGCUGCAGGUCAUGUGAAAGAGGUCACUUCCUGUCUUCAGUGUUUGGGUUUCACAGAAAGAAUUUAACUGUUUUCAUUCGUCAGCGCCGAGGAAUUUCUGCUUUUCUUCAUUUAAGCUCAGAAUUAGGAGCUUUUUCUUCUCGUUUACUUUAGAAAUUGUUCCAUCGCUGCUCAGUUAACCCUCAUGUCGUCCUGCGGAUCAAAUUGACCCGUUUUAAAGUUUGAAAAUGUGGAAAAAUAUAUAUUUUCACAGUGAAACUUCUGAUGUCCACAUUUUCAACAUUUCUGGGAAAUUUCUGAACAUUUUUUUGGUGGAAAAAAAGAAAUGUUGAAAA